AUGAGGUUGUUCCUGCUCUCGCUUAUGGGAGCUUUCCUGGCAUAUGGGCUCUACACCGUUGCCCGUCCUAUUUAUCAGACGGUAAUUGUGUUCGGGUUCCUACGCAAGUACCCCAAUGGCGCCACCACCGACACCGAAGUGAUCGCCAUACCCGACACGGUGCACUGCGAGGAUUUGCACUACCAUGCUUCCAGCGGCACAGUCUUUGCUGCAUGCGAGGACGACCCUGAUACCCGGUUUAAAUGGUUUCCUCCGAUUGCCAACUUUGAUGAUCCCGAGCUGGCAAGCCGCAGCCGGGGCUCUAUUCAUGUUGUUGACCCCAAGACCAUGAAAUCCGAGAGACUCAAAUUCCAGAAUUUCGCAGGUCCCUUCAUCACUCACGGAAUUGACGUGAUUCCCGACAAGGACCAACCUAACGGCAAGGCUGUCUACAUUUUUGCCAUUAACCAUGUCCCCGAAACACAACCCUCUGGGGCUAAGGGGCCGUACGCCCGCUCCCAGAUCGAGCUUUUUCACCAUAUCAUUGGGUCGUCCUCGGUCAGACACAUCCGCUCGAUUUGGCACCCCCUGAUCAAGACACCCAACGACAUCUUCGCAAGGAGUUUGUCGUCUAUCUACGUCACAAAUGAUCACCGACACCGGUUGCCCGGGAGGGAACGAGUAAUCGAGGACCUGUACUCUGGUGCGAAGUGGACCGAGGUUGUGCACGUGAGGCUCAACCACCGAGACACUAGGGGUUCGGCAUCAGGUGUUAUAGCGGAAGAAGCCCUGUCCUGGAUGCACAACCUAAACGGCCUCGGUCACGGGCGUUCCGAAGACGAAAUCCUCAUCUCGAGCUGCAGCAGCGGCGUUCUCCACAUCGGGAAGCUCCCUGAAGACGGUGUUGGCAACAUCACGCUCGUCGAAUCUGUCCAGGUUGACCACCUCGCUGACAACCCGAGCUAUUUUGCCGAUCCGUACGCAACCAAUCCGGAUGACGACCGGAGCGCUUUCUUGGAGACGGGACUCGCACGGGCCGUAGACAUAGUCCAGACCAUGCGCGACCCGGCGGGCAAGGAUGCCGCGAGGGUCACGUACCUGCGCCCCGUCUCGCCCGGCCAUUGGAAGAAGAGGGUUCUCUUUGACGAUGAUGGGGCCAGGCUCAGGAGCGCGAGCGGGGGGGUUUUGGUACCCAUCAAGCCGGAGAAUACGGAAGAGCCCAGGCAGGCCUGGCUGUUUGCCACGGGGUUUUUGUCGAGCAGCAUCAUCGCAGUAAAAGUUAAUUUAUAG